CUGUCGACACGUUGGUUUGCGAGCCGCCAUUAAUUUACAGUAGCAGAAGAAGGAGCUUGUCAACAUUGUGUCCUGGCUAUACAUCAUCAUGCUUUCACUUGUGACAUGUUAAAUUAUUCACUGAUUUACGGCUAAAUAUGAAAAACGAGGAGGAUGAAGAGGUGAAGUUUUACACCUGCAGCUGUUUCACAACAGACAACAUUUUCCUGGAGGACUACAGGCUGCAUGUCCGCUUUGAGUCGGAGCAGCAGUUCAGGCUGGACUACCAAGCUGUGCUGAGAAGGCUGGGCUGUGUGACAGAGCCACAGUUUGAAGACGUCCUCCACAAGAUCUCCCAGGAGGUAGAGAGGCGUAGGUGUCUUUGUGCAAAGUCUGCUGAGAGAGCUGCUGCCAUAAAGGACAUUUACCAGCCCCUUCAUCCUCAUGUCUACCACCUGCAGGAGGCCUUCAUGGCUCCACAGUUCAAACAGAUGGCUGAGUACUGUCGCAGCGGUGGGGCCAGUGAGCAGGGCCUGCUUGAUCUCCUGCAGACGGAGGCAGCUUCGAGGGUGUAUCGCUUCACUGUGUUUGAGAAGAGCUUCUGUGAGCAGCUGAUAGAGGAGCUGGAGCACUUUGAACGCUCGUCAGCUCCCAAAGGAAGACCCAACACCAUGAACCACUACGGGAUCCUCCUUAAUGAGCUGGGCUUUGACGAGGGCUUCAUCACCCCUCUGCGUGAGCACUUCCUCCUUCCGGUCACCUCCCUGCUCUAUCCAGACUGCGGGGGGCGCUGUCUGGACAGCCACAAGGCCUUUGUGGUAAAAUAUGACAUGCAUGAAGACCUGGACCUCAGCUACCACUACGACAAUGCAGAGGUCACACUGAACGUCUCCCUGGGCAAGGACUUCACCGAUGGCAACCUUUAUUUUGGUGACAUGAGACAGGUGCCUUUAAGCGAGACAGAGUGCUCCGAGGUUGAACACCGGGUGACGGAGGGCCUCCUUCACCGGGGCCAGCAGAUGCACGGGGCCCUGCCCAUCUCCUCCGGCCAGCGCUGGAACCUCAUCAUCUGGAUGAGGGCCUCGCAGGAACGCAACAAACUGUGUCCCAUGUGCAACAAGAGGCCGACGCUGGUGGAGGGCCAGGGCUUCGCAGACGGCUUCACCAGCCGCCCGGCUGCUUGGCUGAAUGCCUCUUGUGUCUUAACAUAAAAUUAGGGCUUUUCAUGUUAAAGUUAGACCAAUACUGCGUCAAUAUUGGCCUUUUAUUGAAAAGAAUUGCAUCACCUGUGCCGCCCACCUUUGAUAUGCUGGAUAUGAUGCAUGUUUAUUUAAUUACAUAUGUAUUAUCGAAUUGAACGAGAAUAAUUUAACUUGAAUUGAGUCUAAUGAGACAUUUUAUCAUCAUCACCAUCAUCAUCAUGGCAGUAUUUUUACACUCCUGGGUUUCAGUGGGGAGUCUGAGUGUCAAAUGGUGAUCAAAAAGCUGUUUGAGGAUUUUCCACACUGAUAUAAAAACAAAAGUCUGAGUGAAACACACAAUGCUAAUGAUUCGUUGGGAUCUUUUUAGUAUGAAAAUAGUCAAAUUGAAAUACAAAAUACUAGCCAUUACACCAUAUUGGUCAAACACUAAUAUUUAUUAAUGCUUGUUUGUGCCAAAGGUAAUUUAUAGAGGGAAUGUGAUUGUACUGUAUGUGAAAAUGCAGGAAACUUUACUGGAACUGACCCUUAAUUCAUGUCAUUAGUAAAACCUGUUUACCUGCUGCUUCAUGUGAGUAUGUCUGCUGUGAAAAAGGCCUGUAGUAAUCAGUGCUGUUCUCUUAAUAAUAGGAUAAUGAAAAUUUAAGAAUAAACAAC